AUGGGGUAAAUGCCCCCUUAAAAGUAACAACAAAAAUGUUUUGAGCUGAUUCGCAAUAAGAGUGCACAGAUAAGGGAACUUCCUAGAAGGAAACAGAACGGGCAUGGGGUUUUAAGACGUUAUAGAAAGGUUUGGGCAUGUGGGUGUCUCUAAAAGAGUCGUGUCAAUUGGUUUGCCAGAUUUGAGCCCGGUCUUCGCGUUUCUCUUAGUUUCCGAUGACUCAAGUGUAAAAGUAGUAUCUUUUAUUUUGUGUGUUCGUGAAUUAGUGUUGUUUUUUGUCAGCCUGAAUUGUUGUUGUUGAUUCUGUGAUGUUGUAUAUAUAGAAAUAUUGGAUCGUUUUCUCUGAUAAUGAUACAAUUUAUAAGAAGUAGUAACAAAGUCGUAGAUUAGAGAAGGGAGGUCGCUUUCCUUGUUGGUAAAUUGGUGAUCGUUAUUGUUUAUGUUAUCUUAUUUGCUCAUGUGGAGAUAGACCCAGAUGCUUUAUGUUGCUUCUUAAUUUGUUGGAGGAUCUGAGAGAAAAAGCGGCCCUUCUACCUCUUGUUUCUGAUUAUAAUCAGAAACAAAACAGCCUCUGUUGCACAUAUAUUCCGUACAGAGAAAACCCUAUCCCCUUCUCUCUCAUUUUCGUCUCGCUCUUCGUACUUUCUCUCUCAAAACUCCAUCUGAGAGCAACAGAACCGAAAAGGGUUUCAAGUUUCAACCUGCUUUGCCUGCACACCCUCUUUUAUCAUUUCCUAGAAUAAAAAAAAAAAAUGAACGGUGAAGAAGUGCAAGAUAAAGAUCAGAAUGCAGAGUUUAGAAAUAUUGAUGCAAACUCUAGUGAGUUUGAUGCGAUGGAGGAAGAAGAAGCAUUACUGGGUGUUGAUGAGAGGCAGAUCUGGCUUGCAAAUGAACAAUAUAAUCUGUUAGCUGAUUUCCAUGAUGCUUCAAUCCUAUAUACUGAUCAUUUACCUCCUCUCCCUCAUGAUUUCCCUUGCAUGUCACCAUCUUCAUCGUCAUCAUCCAUUCCAGCACCAGUCAAGGCUAUCACCUGCUCCUCGUCGUCAUCUUCGACCUCUUCGUCUUCUUACGCUGCUUCUUGGGUGCUUCUGAAAUCCGAUGCAGAGGAAGACGAAGAUCAGAAGAAGUGUCGUUUCAACCACGGCCAUCAUGAUCCAAUGGAUGCACCCCCGGCAGCCUUAGCGUCCACCGCCUCCACCGAGACCCCUAAGCAGCUUGAUGGCAGCCUUGAAGGUGUGGACUGUAUGGAUGUGAUGGAGACUUUGGGGUACAUGGAUCUGAUUGAAAGCAACGAUUUUUUUGAUCCGUCAUGUAUCUUUCGAAGUGAUAAUCCCCUGGAGGACUUCAAACAAUUAGAGCAAAUGUCCCGAGAGGAACAUGCACUGCAAGAAAAUGCUCAUCGAGAACAUGAACAGCUGAUAUCACAGACUAAAAACGAAGAGACCCAAGAGGAGAAGGAUCCGGAAGACAUGGCGACGGUGUUCUUGGAAUGGCUUAGAACUAACAAAGAGACUGUCUCUGCUGAAGACCUGAGGAGUGUGAGGAUCAAGAAGGCCACCAUCGAAAGUGCCGCUAAGCGCUUGGGUGGAGGAAAAGAGGCCAUGAAGCAGUUGUUAAAACUUGUACUUGAAUGGGUUCAGAGUAACCAUCUUCAGAAAAGUCGACGCAGCAAAGAAGAAUCCACUCAUUUUCCCAACCAAUUCCAAGACCCUUUCCAAAACCCUAACCCUAACGCUAAUCUCAAUUCAAAUUCCACGACUCCUGAAUCAAACCCUUGUUUCACUACCCAGUCGACAUGGAUCCCUCAACGGCAUUAUGUCCCGGAGCCGACUGCCGUACUGGAGGCUCCGUCGGCGUAUCCUCCAAUGGUUGGGUAUAUAGGUACUGGUCCUUAUACAGAUGGAGCUUCUAAUAUCAAUGACCACAGUCCUUUCACAGCUACAACGAUGGAGUAUCAAAUGCCGGGCUCCUUACAUUCAUGGCCUCCAUCACAUGAGUUUGCUCUGGCAUCUCAUUACAACUCAUUCCCAGGCAAUAGUUUUCACCCGGCUCCACAAGCUUGUGCAGGCUAUGGAAAUCAAUACCCACAUCAACAUUAUUUUAGUGGUCAUCAAGACGAGAGGCUGUUGUGGUUUGGUUCUUCAGCUACUAAAGAAGCAAGGAAGAAGAGGAUGGCAAAGCAAAGGCGGUUUCUAUCACACCACAGGCACCAUCACAAUAAUCAUAACCAGCAAAAUCAGCACCCAAGCCAGAAUACGGAUCAGCAUGCUAGGCUUGGGAAUGACAAUUGCAACACAGCAGCUCAAGCCAAUCCAGGAAACUGGAUGUACUGGCCCUCUGUAGCCGCUAACGGUGGGGCUGCUUCGGCCUCGCCGGUGAUGCCAGUGGAGGUUGCAAUGGGACAUCCAGCAGAUCAGACGGCGGCCAUGCAGGGGCAGAAUUUUCCGGGGAGAGUUGCAUCGGAUAAACGACAGGGAUGGAAACCGGAGAAGAACUUGAGGUUUCUACUCCAGAAGGUGCUGAAGCAGAGCGAUGUUGGUAACCUUGGAAGAAUUGUGUUGCCAAAGAAGGAAGCAGAGACCCAUCUUCCAGAGUUGGAGGCAAGAGAUGGCAUUUCUAUUGCCAUGGAAGACAUAGGGACCUCCCGUGUAUGGAACAUGCGCUAUAGUUGCAGGUAUUGGCCAAAUAAUAAAAGCAGAAUGUAUCUGCUUGAAAACACAGGAGAUUUUGUAAGGGCCAAUGGACUCGAAGAAGGAGACUUCAUAGUCAUCUACUCGGACGUCAAGUGUGGCAAAUAUAUGAUACGAGGAGUCAAGGUACGGCAAGGACAGAAAUCGGAGAGUAAAACGACCGGAAAAUCGCAGAAAAAUCAACAAGCAACUUCAAUUAUCACCACUCCUCCAGUUGGUGCUAAUGGCCAUGGGGCAUCAUCUUCCCCCACCGCAUUCAAUAAACAGUAAAUUAGUAUAAGAGAGAGCAAGAAAAGACCAAACCCACGAAUGCAUGCCACUUCUCUUUCAUGCAGAAAGAUGAAUGGACAAACGCGCGUAUGGCCACGAUCUUCUGGACUACUAGUUGGAUUGGCAGGAUUCUGAUCUGAAGCUCCGUCUUGGUUUACGAGAGGGUAUAAGCUGGUCAUUGGCCAGGGAACAGUGCAUACGUUAGCUAGGAAUAUUGCUUCUACAGUGGUUAAUUGGCUAUCUCAGUCAGUGGUUAGAUCAUGGUUUUAGAUGUUA